AUGGGCCUGCUGGACAAGCUGUCGGUGUGGCUGGGGCGCGGCCGCACCGACGUCACGGUGCUGGUGCUGGGGCUCGACAACAGCGGCAAGAGCACGCUGCUGGCCGCGCUGCGGCCGCCGGACGCGCGCGCGCCAGACACGCGCCCGCCGCACGCCGCGCCACCGUCGGACACUGUCAGGACCACUUCACCAGCGGCGGCGUGUCGUUCAGCGCGUGGGACGUGUCGGGCGCGGCGCGGCACCGCGCGCUGUGGGAGCGCCACUACCGCCGCGCGCACGCGCUCAUCUUCGUCGUCGACUCCGCCGACCACCUGCGCCUCGUGGUGGCGCGCGAGGAGCUGGAGCUGUUGCUGGCGCACCCCGACAUGUGCGGCCGCCGCCUGCCGCUGCUGGUGCUGGCCAACAAGAGCGACGCGCCGCACGCGCUCGCGCCCAUGCAGGUCGCCGCCGCGCUGGGCCUGGAGCGCAUCACGGACAAGCCGUGGCACAUCUGUGCGUCGUGCGCGCUGUCGGGCGCGGGGGUGGCGGACGGCGUGGCCUGGCUGGCGCGCACGCUCCGGGACGCGCACCUGCCGCACGCGCACUCCUAGCUGCGGGCUCACUACGGGCGCGCGAUACAUACUACUACCAACAAAGUGCUGUGAAAAGGUGAGUGUCGAUGCGAGAGGAGGGCAGUCGCCGCGCGCCGCCGCGGGGAGUUGUGAAACGAGAAGUCUGCGGGACAUUAUAAACUUUUUGAAUAUGGUUGUUGUAUACUGCGACAUGUUGUGCUGUGGUACGAGACCAAAGAUGUGGACAAUAUUAUCUCGAUAUUACUUACUUAUAUUAAUGCACUCCUGCAAAUUUAACUCGUGUUUUGUUCAUCCUCAACCUGUUACGUGUGACGUAAUGUACCUAUUAUAA